UUGACGUGACUUGUAACAAGUGAUGGCGUCCAAUUAAGAGUCCGCAGUAUCAUGUAUAAGAGUAAGCAGCGUAUAUGUUCACUGCAUACAACGUUGUACGUGAAAAGCAUCACAUUCGGAGAAGUAGCCCAGAGGUUCAGUGAGGGUGAUAUACGUUGCGUUCCGCUCAAUCGUGGCUGUGGCUGACAAGAUUGCCUCCUUGCAUUGAUGAGUUGAAAUUUUGGAAUUCCACCAUCUCUGAUCCGGAUUUAACUCAGAAAUACCGGGUAACAAGUUGGUUAUGCUGGUGAGGAGUGAAGACCACUUUUUAACUCGAAAUAUCGGAUCAUGAUAUAUAAUACAACCUACCUACCAAGACUACCUGAACAAAACGUCGAUCAAAUGAUGGAAAGAUUUGUAGGUGUUAUCCAGCGGCCGUUGCCCGUUUUUAGAAGGGACAGCUCCAUCAUCGGGCUCAAUCUAAGCCGCAAGCCAUGACGUUUUGCGCUAAACGCCAAAGGCUAGCGCAGAUUGGGAUCCAAUGGGAGGUGGUUUGUUUUACGAAAGCUGCAGGACACAUGGAAGUAUCGGAUACUUGAGUUUCAUCUGGAAGAGGUAAUCCCUAACAGACAGGCAGUUCUAUGUGGUAGGACAAGAGAACUGCAGAGAGUAGAAGAAAUGGUCACCUCCUACAUGUAGCAUCUCUUAGAUGACAAUCUGAACUGGUCGCACAAUCAAUGGAAGUCGUCUCCCGAUAAGCAUCCAUGACUUGAGCCCUGAGAUGGGCUGAGAUAAAGAUAGGACAUGCGUUCUUAGCGUGGACCCAGCCACAAUGCCCAGCUUUGAAGCAGACACCAGAGCCGAUAGCUCCAAGCCCGAAUCCUUCCAUCCGCCUUAGUAGGGCCGAUUAAGAGGAGAGAGGUUUAAGCGUAAAUCAUGGUGCAAUAUGAGACACAAGAAGUAUGAGAUACGGAUCCUCACUGUGGAAGCCAAGGGCAUUUGGGGGGAUCCAUCAUCAACCGACGGCGACGGUUUCGCUAGGUUAGGUAUUAUGGGAAGCAGAAUCCCGUCCAUCCAGUUCAGCUCCCUACAGCCAGCAGCUACCUUGGUUCAGGUGCAUAGGUGUGCACUGCCGUCUGGCCCGGGGCGUUCUACAGACUCACAGGCCCCUCUAGCGUUUUAUCCCCAGUGCUGACUUGACAUGUACCUGAUACUUCUCCAUGGCCCGCCCCCCUGUUAGAUUCCAUUGUUCUUCCCACCUCAACGACUGGGACAAGGGCGUCUCUCUUCCCUUGCUGCCCCCCCAAAAAAAGAAUCCAUCCGUCAGGUUCGAUCGACACACACGACUAUUGCAUUGCGCGCACAGCAGAACCUACCUACUACCUUACCUAUUCGCUCACGCAUUUUGCUGCUCUACCUACCUACCUACCUACUGUUGGGCCUUUUUCCCUCCUUCUCCUCUCUUUGGUUUCUUGCUUCCUGCCUAAUUCUUCACUCGCUCGUUCCGUCAAUCGAUUUCGCUUCGCUUCACUUCGCUUCCCUAUUUCUGUAUUUCAGGUAGCUUCAUCAGCUUUGUCUACCCAUCGUAGAUAACUCUAGUAGCAAUCAGCAUUUGAUCCGUGGUCAUCUGAACAAACAUCAUCUCACAUCCGUUGCCAUCUCUCGAGAAUCACGUCGCUCGCUCCUUCUCUCGUUUGCUCGUUUGCUGGUCGGUCCUCUAAUCUUCUGUCGGCUUACUCUUCUCGACACCCAAGAUGAUCUCCGUCUGAGCCACCACGAACCUCUCCGAUCCUAUUGUUCGCCUUCACAGUUUGAGUCCACUGGCAAAUUUCAACAGCCUUGGUUAUUCCAGCUUCUUGGAUAGUCUUAAUCUCGAAGCUAUGCAGCUUGGUCUGACCAGUCAACAGGUUGUCGACUGUUCGCAAGAUUGCCGCCCUUACUCAUACCAUCGCGGCCUCAUCCAAGACCUGCCCAGGAGGCGACAUGUGGCACGGCCAUCGAAAUCCCCGAUAUCUGGCUCCGCGCCUGCUGCCUUCGCUCCCGUAGUUUCUUCUGGUCACUCGUGCAAUCAGUGUUAUUCCAUAACCAUGACACAAGCUGUCCCUCGACAAAGGGCGUGGCUCCCUCGAUACAGCACAAUAUCACAGCUGUCGAAAAGUCUCCUCGUCGCUCUUCUCAUUGCAAUGCACGCCGUAUCGCCUGCUCAUGCCGUGAGGAUCCCCUUCACAAACUGCCUCAGCGACGCCUACCGCUUGCACGAGCCGACGAGGCUGCAAUGGGUCCCCUUAUAUGCCGAUGCCGUCUUCGAUACCGAGAACGAGAAACACAACCUUCGAGUUAUUGUUUGGGGGAACGUCACGGGUACCCGAAAUGGCAGCGCGAUGCCACCGCCUGGUGACCCUUCUUGGAAGGAUCCUAGCGAUAUCAAUGGCAAAAUCGCCGUAACCCCCCAGAAGAAAGAUGGCUACAACACUGCUACGACCUACUUCCCCAAGGUUCACUUCUUGACAUAUGCUCCGUACAACACCGGCAAAUUUAAUUUUUGCAGCACUUCAUUGGUAAACGGAUCUUGCCCGCUUGGACCUUACUUUGAACCUGUCGAUUAUAGUGAUGCAUACAAGUUACCUUCUAUGAACAUCACAUGGGACGCCUACUCAUCUUAUGCGUUUGCGUCCCUAGCACCUAGUAUGUCAAUAAUCGAUGGGACUCGCGAUGCUCCUCAGAUUGGCUGUGUUUCCAUGGCGGUGACCCCGGAUCUGGGAGAUCUCUCGUGGCUACUCAAGUUUUUGCCCAUGAUAGUGCUCCUUUUUACAGGGUUUGCAGUCGUGUUCUCGGCCAUCUUUAGUCCCUGGGGCUCAUCUGAUAUCUUCCACUGGACCUCCAAUUAUGGUCGAGAUGUUGAUCUGCUUCGUCUUGUCACACCGGGCUUUGGAGAUUGCCUUCAGUAUAUCCAAUUUAUCGCGUUGAGCGGUGGCCUCACUCUUGACUAUCCCGGCUUCUAUCAACCCAUUGUCAGCCAGAUGGCCUGGUCGACUCUAAUGUUCAACGAGAGCUUUGUCGCCGAUGCCCCAUCAUGGCAGAGCGUUGUCGACGGUAUUUAUGUCACCAAUGCUACUUAUGGACUUCAAGAGCUUGGUCAAUUGGUUGGUAUGGCUGAGAGUAGAGAUAUCUGGGCCGGUAUGAUGGUUUGGCUAUGUGUGUGCAUUGCUUCUGUUACCGUUCUAGUCCAGGGUGCAUUUGCAGUGCAGUGGUUAUUCCGAAAGAUCAACAACACCCCCGAGGAAGAUCUGCGUUCAAAGAAUCUCCCCUUUUCCGUUGGCAACGCCGUCCGCAUUAUCUUCAACUAUUUCUUAUUUCCGAUCAUCGCUCUGUCUUGCUUUCAGCUAGUCACUGCUGGUGAUUCUCCGACCUAUACGAUUGCUCUUGCCGUCGUUACCUUGGUUCUCCUCAUAAUUUUCGCGGCAUACCUCUUUUAUCUCAUAAUCAGAACAAGGCCAAAGUCCGUCCUCUACGAUGAUUUGCCGACUGUUCUCUUAUACGGCCCUCUGUAUAAUACAUACUCCGACGAGGCUGCUGGGUUCGCUCUCAUUCCCGUCUUCCUAACAUUCCUUCGGGGUAUCACUGUCGGUGCCGUGCAGCCUAGUGGUAUCGCUCAGGUGGUACUGCUCGCCAUUUGCGAAGUGAUUCACAUCCUUACCAUCCAUGCCUUCCGGCCGUUCCAGCGUUCAACGGCGAUGAACGCUUAUCAUACACUUUUUGGAACACUUCGUCUAAUUUCUAUCUUACUAAUGGUAGCAUUCGUGCCUACUCUGGAUGUUUCUGAAGGCGACAAGGGUUGGAUUGGUUACAUCAUCUUAGGAAUCCACGGCGCGGCUUUGAUAUUUGGUUUCUUCCUCAACGCACUGCAGACCAUUAUCGAAGUCGCGGCUCGCAUGCUCGGAGCUGGCGGAGACGACGCUCGAGGUCUGACCCGUGGCGGACUCACAAAGAUCUUUGGUAUGCGACAGCUGUCUCGCCGCAACACACAGCAACGCAACACUGGUCCAUCCCGAGCAAGCCAGUUGUCGACUGCAGCAAUGUUGGACGUGGACGAUAGCGGCAAGUCAGGAUAUGCCAUGCCAAGCGGAAGGGUUCGAAGCGAGUCUGGUGCUAGCCUCGGUGGACUCAUGAACCCUCGGCAUAGGAGCAGCUCGGCGCUCGAUAGCAUCGAUGUUUACUCUGGCAUGCCGCAGAAUGUGGAUAGCAGCAGCUCAUACAUGCCCAACACUCCUGGGGAGAGGAGUGCAUUUUCGUUCCUGCCCUCCCCCGGCGCUGCUCGCCAUCACCCUACACAAUCAAUAGAUGCUGCCGAUCCUUACUAUCGACCUCCUCGAAGACGACAGACGAUGAACGAGUCCAUCCACUCCGAAGGACCUGGUGGCUCUAACACAGCAGAUGUCAAAGGCGCUAGCCCAGCUGGAGUUCUAGGCGAUCCUGCAGAUAUGGGUGCAGAUAUCUCUCGAGGAGCAACACCAGCGCCCCCUCCCGCUGGAUACUCUCAAGCCAGUAUACCUCCGAAUCGACCCGAUUAUGCCACUCGCGAGGUUGACUUUUACUACGGGGUUCGUGGACCCGCGCUGAACUCGGACGGCCCGGGCCGGAAACUUGGAACUGGUCCCGCCGAUCCAACUGGUCCUGUGGCUACUGCCUCGGGCUGGUUCCGGAAUCUAUUCGGUGGAAAGACAAAGGAGAAGGGUAAGGGUUUCGAAGUUGUGAGGAGCUCACGGAUGCCUCCAGCCAUGAUGGCUAGGAAUGGUGGAGAGUCGCCCCCUGAAGGUAUUCCAGUGGCUAUGGGCGUACUACGGAACGGUCCAAUUGACUCAGAUGAUGAAGACGAGCCUCGACCAAGGCGGUCUCCCGGACGACAACCUCAAAGUGCUCUACUAGAUGACAACGGCGAUCCUCAAGACUCUGAGCCGGAGAGUCCUGUGCUGGAGCGACCCCGACGUACGUUCAGUGCCGGCAGUGAGAGUUUCCCUCGAGAGCCAAGCAAGUCUUUGUCGAAGGCGCCGCAUAUCGCACUGCGCGAAGCUGAGGAAGAUGAUGCCCCAGAGAUUCCUCGAAAGAGCUCUAAGCGUGCUUCUGGCCACUUUGGAGGCAGCGAUCACAGCCGAGCGCCAUCUCUUACUCUCAUGAAUAUGCCAGGCUCUACGAUAUCCUUUGAAUCUCAGUGGCGAGGAGACCCCGAUGCUGUUAGCCGCACCUCAAGUCACCACCGUGCUACGCUAUCAGCGUCAUCGCGGCUACCGUUUGAGCGAACCCACUCCCAAAAACGAUUGUCGUCCAAUUCGUCCAUGGAGUUCCCCGGCGAGUUCACCAACAUCGACUUCGGUCCUUCAGUUGAUGAGCGGCCGGCCAGUUUUGGCAUGGUGUCACAACAUGGUGUCAGCCGAGUUGACCCGUUGCACCGUGACAUGGAUCUGCUAGGCAGCUCCGCUGAACUUGUCGAAGAUCCUCCUGUCAGACCUCGCACGUGAUAUUUCUGCUGUUAUACCUAGCCAAGUCAGAGGUCUAUUGGCCACUCUUCUAUGUUGCUUGCCAUAACACACUCGUCGACAUGAUCAGCUACUACACACCCUUCUCGGGUUUCAAUCUAGUACUAGUUUCUUUUUUGUUUGGUUGCCUCAAGGGGCGAAACCAUGUACACGAUUUGUAGACCAAGGUCCACAAGAUCCUUGCACAUGAGCACACAUGCUCACCUUCCCUCAUUCUUGGUUAUGAAUCGAACACAAUUCAGUCACAGCUUCAAGUUCUUCACGAAGCAACUCGAACUCUGAAAGUACAAGCGAACGAGAAGGCGUUACACACGGGAGUUUUUAUGGCAAAUUUUUAUUACUCGAGCCUUACUGCCUUGAGUCAAUUUUUCUUUUGUGUUUAGGGAUAUGUUCUUUUUGAGAAUGUCCAUACUAGCGUUGGCGUAACAAAAAGCUGGUUCGGGGAGGGGGAUCUACACAAGGGUCAUCAAAGCCCCAGCAUGUCUACUGUGUUUUAUGUAGUAGGUUUUUUUUUGGGGGGGGGAAUGAAGGUGUAGUUAUAUAAUUGCGGAGGUGUAUGCUGCCAAGGUUCUGGAUAUGAUUCACCAGCUUGGGACGAUGAAGAGCCGGAUUUACUAGGCACAAUUCUAAUGAGAGGUCGCAACGAUCCUUCCUUUACUUGGUCUCGUUUGUCUGUGCAUGUUUUAACAAAAGGCGGUCUGCUCAUGUGCAAAUAGUUUUUAAGUCGUACCAUAAAUAGUCCCUCAGCAAGAUAUGGAUCUGUUACGCAUGAC